UGGGGGCAUCGUCAUCUGAGAGGAAGCGGCGAAUCAGGGAUGAAGAAACAGUGUUUCACCUGAACGUUUGACACUCGAACGCACCACCUGCGAAACAGACUUCCGACCAAAUGCAAUAAAAUAAACCGACAGAUCUGAUCUGUUAUUAUCUAGUCCCACUCUAGCAAGUUGUCAUCGCGUUCAUUGUCUUCAUAUGGCUUUAAUUAGCGGGACCGAAUCAGGAGAAUAGGAGUGAUAUAACACAGCCGGUCCAAGCCAUGGCAGUGAGGAUAUCGGAGGCGCUCUGUCAGCCCUGCGGUUACCAUGAAGCUUUUAAAGUGGAGUUACAGGUGAAGAGACCUCUGAUGCCUGUCCAGCUGAGUCCUGAGCAGGUGGGCCUGGAGAUGCUGUGUCUCUGUGGGCAGCUGGACCUCCUCAUCAGGUCACAGAUGCAGCAGGUAGAUUUCCAGGAGCAGUUAGGACAAGGUUGUAGCCCGGAGGAGUCGGACACAUUCCAGGCUCAAGGAUCUGAGAUUCUUGACCAGAUGCUGCAGUGCCUUGAACAUCUACCAAAGCCUAUGCCACAGUUAGAGGACUACCUGGACAUGGUGGGACUGUCAGCAAUGUUUCCUCGAGUUGAGGUGUUCCUUAUUCAAGGUAGUCCUGUUGACAUGCUGGAAAGGCCGCCAAUGGAUGAAUACUACUUCCACAUUGCCAAACUGAACCAGCUCCUUGUGCUGAGUCAGCAGCUAGAAGAGGAUAUCAGGCACCUUGGAAGUCAUAAGUACAUUGCCCACCAGCUCUCAGUUAUAUAUCAAGUCCUCAGCUCUUUCAGGGGAAUUCAGGUCUUCUCAGAAAUAAAGAAGGAUAUUGAGGCCAACUUCAAACAGAUGAAACAGUCUCUGGUGGUAGAGGAAGGCUCAAGGCACGAGCCUCAGCUGGCUGUUCAUUAUAUCAACUGGAUAUUAGAAAUAACUCAAAGCUUAACAUCGAUGGUGCUGUCACUGCCAGACGAGCUGACAGACGACGUUCACCAGGCCGUGACCUUCGUGUCUCAGUUCCUGUCCUGACUCACGCUGAGGAACGCCUCUGUAUCUAUGAAUCCUUCUCCAGGGCUCUCCUGCUUCAAAAGCAACUGAUUAUGUUACGACCAUUAAAAGGUGCUACAGAAUACGAUUCUACUGAAUAAUAGUGGGGUUGAAUAGCCCACCUGUUUAAGACCACAUAGGUUUUUUGUACAUCGUCUUUUGGAGUGCGGCCCUUAUUAGUCCCUGUGGUGAAUCAGUUGGUUGGAGCUGAAUGUAAGCUUAUUGAAUCCCAUCUUGCACUAAUGUUACAUUUUUUAAAACCUAAAGCAGAAUAAUAAAACUG